AGGCGGAACUGCCCGCUGGCCUCUCAGCCAAUAGGAAUGCUCCAAGCAGAUACGCUUUAGAAUUCGCUGCGCGCGUCCACCAAUCACAGAGCAGCUUUCGCUGCUUGAGAGCGCUCGUGCCUACUUUUUUUUCUCUCUGAACGACAGAAACCCUUUUUUUCUCUAAGGUUUGAAGUUACGUUUAAACCCCCAGAAAAACCUUGAGCUUUUGUGUUUAUAAAUUACAGUAUUCGUGGACGUCACAGCGUAGACGUGGACCGACUAGUGACUAAAAAAAGACCAGUAAAAAAGACGUGUGUGUGAGUACAGAAGAGCUGCAUUUUCUGCCCUUUUUCUGCUGUUUUUCUUUUCUUCUUUUUCUGGGAUUUUAGCCGUUGAAUGGCGGGCAGCAGUGAUGGGUUGCCAUUGCCUUGGGGCAUGGCAAGCCUGGAUCAACAUCUUUGACAAAACAGAGGAGUGAUGAGUUGUGCUAGUUCAACUACAGCAUCUCUUCCUUGACUGCCAGUUCAUGCCGAACUACAUUUCAAUAAACUUUAUUAAGUGGUUCCCAGCACUUCAGUCUCAGCUGUCCCUGAAUGUUUUAAGUGCUCUUGACUCACAACCACGCACCAAGCAUGAGAAGCACCAGAACAAACUUGCUCCUGGGCUGCGUGCUCCUGUGCUCUGCAUCCCUGCUGUACUUGGGAAUGAGCGGAAUCGACUGCCCUCCAAAAAGCCAUCGCUACAGAUGGAUGGAGCUCAACCUCGGCUCAGGCAACCAGAGCAUGUCCCUGAGCGAGCAGAUUCCCGAAGACACGCCCGUCAUCUUCAUCGGAGGCUUUCCGAGGAGCGGCACCACUCUGAUGCGUGUCAUGCUGGACGCCCACAACGCUGUGCGCUGCGGGGAGGAAACUCGAGUGAUUCCCCGUCUCUUGACCAUGAGGGCCACCUGGAGCAAAUCGGCUAAGGAGCGAAUGCGAUUGGACGAAGCAGGCGUCACUGACCAUGUUCUGGACUCAGCAGUACGAGCAUUCCUGUUGGAGGUCAUAAUUGGUCACGGGGAACCAGCUCCUCGCCUUUGCAACAAGGACCCGUUUGCACUGAAAUCUCUGUCUUAUUUGGCCCGCAUCUUUCCUAAAGCCAAAUUUGUCCUAAUGUUAAGAGAUGGGCGAGCAACUGUUCACUCUAUGAUUUCACGCAAGGUGACUAUCUCUGGCUUUGACCUGACCAGCUACAGAGACUGUCUGACCAAGUGGAACAGUGCAGUGGAGACCAUGUUCACCCAGUGCCAGGCCGCCGGGGAAGUCAGAUGUAUGCCCGUUCGGUACGAGCAGCUCGUUCUGCACCCAGAGCUAGAAAUGAGGAAGUUACUCAACUUCCUUGAACUGCAGUGGGAUCCUUCAGUGCUGCACCACGAAGAGCUGAUUGGAAAGGCUGGUGGGGUGUCUUUGUCCAAAGUCGAGCGCUCAACAGACCAGGUGAUGAAGCCUGUGAACACAGAAGCCCUCUCCAAAUGGGUGGGCCAUGUUCCCUCUGACGUCGUCAACGACAUGGCGGAAAUCGCCCCAAUGCUGGCUCGUCUGGGAUAUGACCCCCACGCCAACCCCCCUGACUAUACAAAAGCAGAGUCCAUGGUUUAUCCCUUCAACUCCUCACGGGGAGCAAAGGCAGCAGACACUCUUCACCCGAGUUAAACUGGACUCUCAUUCCAUCCUAUGAACGCACCUUAAACAUGGACUUCCACAUCAGCAGUAUUUACACUUAACAUUUCGGUGUUACAUGUGUAGUUUUGAAUUGUUCUCAAAGACUUGCGGCGUUGAAGCGAUUGGUGUCACGGCAGCAGUUGGAGGUUCAAUCUCUUGCAGGUCUGCAGCUCUCUCCUCCAGAGUGGACUGUCUGCUCAGGGAAGUUUGCUGCUUCUUACAGUUCAUCUCCAUCAUGUUCAAUGUGUCUUUUGAUACUCUUUUAUCAUGAUUUAGUUUGUUUGUAAUUUCAUCAAAAUGUGAAUGUUUCUACAACAAACACACGGAGGUUCAUAAAGGACUGUAUAUUUUUGAAAAUGUAUCUUUAUUUUCUUACUAAAUUAUUUUGUUUUUUGGCCAUCCAUUGAGAGUUUCUAAUUAAUGUUGAAUACUAAUAAAAACAUCCAGAAUGUCACCUUUAA